AAUGGUUAGCCAUGCCGACAGCAGAAUUGUUAAAGACGAUUUUUUUUUUCCAACAGGAUGAAGGGGCAUAGGAAAUCACUGCACUCAGACAUUCUCUGCAACUAGGAUCUCAUCGCAGCUGCCCACGUGUCCGACCAUAUUUGAUCUCGAUCCAUUUGGCCUCUCACUUUCACCAGGCGCAGCCACCUCAACUCAAAUGCAUGUCUACGUGGGAUCCUCGUACCUCACCACGUUCUCCAUGAAUUCUCCUCCCUCCCUCUCAAUCUCUCUCUAUAAACUCAGCUCCCUCGCUCGGCCUCUUCCCAAAACAGAGAGAGAGAGAGAUUGGAUCAUGGCGUCGAGCGACAAGUCACCGAGUCCUAUGCCGUCCGGUGCCGACCCCAGGCCGCCUGGGGAGCCGAUGACGGUGGAGCAGCAGAUGAUAGACAAGGGCGCGCAAUUGCUUCAGUCCCUGAAGCCCGUGAAGCAGAUGAAGCAGCACGUGUGCACCUUCGCCUUGUACGGCCACGACAUGACCCGCCAGAUUGAGACACACCACUAUGUCACCCGUGUCAACCAGGACUUCUUGCAAUGCGCCGUUUACGAUUCUGAUCAUGCCCAUGCCCGUCUCAUCGGUGUUGAAUAUAUAGUAUCGGAUAGAAUAUUUGAAGCUUUGCCUCCGGAUGAGCAGAAGCUGUGGCACUCUCAUGCUUACGAGAUCAAGUCGGGCCUUUGGUUCAAUCCCCGAGUUCCCGGAAUAGUAGAGAGACCUGAACUCGAAAAUAUGGCAAAAACAUACGGCAAAUUCUGGUGCACAUGGCAGGUUGAUAGAGGUGACAAGCUCCCAGUGGGUGCACCUGCUUUGAUGAUGUCUCCACAGCCGGUGAACCUGGGGCAGGUGUCACCGGAGCUGGUCCAUCGGAGGGAUAACAAGUACAACAUUUCAACAGAGGCUCUGAGGGAUUCGAGGGUGGAGAUUGCAGAGCCAGAGUGGAUCAAUCCUCAGGCCGACUACUGGAAACAGCACGGCAAGGGUUUCGCCAUUUACAUCAAGUUCACUGAUAUGAAAUUAAACGUACCAUUUCCCUGAACCUCGAUCAGAUAUAUAUAUAUACACACGUUGUGUAGUUAAGAGUGGUGUAAGUAAAAGUAUGCAAUAUUAUUUGGAUUGUAAAUUUGUAAGGGCUCAUAUACAACUCCACCUUAACUAUUCCACCACUCAAGACUCAAGGCACAUUGAGGUACGACCAUGGGUUGUGCGAUAAUUAGGGUAGAGUUGUAUUUUUAGCAUUAUCCCACUAUGCUGGAUAGAAUAAAGUAUAUUAAGCUAAAUAUAGUGUAUAGCAGCUUAAUUUUGCAGUAUAUGUAUAUAAACAGAAAAUCUGUAACAUGGUCAAGUUGAUCAAUGGCUAUGCUUAAUUUCUUUCUGAGUCUUACUGCAAGAGUAGUUUAGAGUGGACAAAGUCGGUGAAAUCACAUGCAAUAGAUUGAUUUCACCGGCAGCAAGCUAGGCAUGAAUUAAUAAGAUUGAUAGAUUUAAUUAA